CCGACGUAAAUUCCCGGCCCUGGCAGUUUCCAUGGUUUCUGGGGUCACGUGUAACUGGGGUUGUUGAGUGGUGAGGCUCUUGUGAAAGAUGCUGCGAAUUAUACUCUGCCAUUGAAAACUGGUAAGGAAUGGGGUGGGAAGUACCAUGAUACUUAAAACUCAGCAAAGCGGCAUCCCCCAUGCAAUAUAUUAGGGUCAACUCAGUUUCCAUGUGCAGUAACUAUUUGAGACGGCUCAGCAUUAAGUUACUGUUGCUUUCUAUUGAUUCAUACACAUACACAUUGUAUCUAUAGAUAUUUUGUGUGUAGUAAUUCCCUGUGCAUCGCAGCAUAGGAAUGAGCAUUAAAAUCCCAGCUGGGCUGACAGACUUGCUGCAGAGCUUCACUGUGGAGGUGCUGAGGAAGCAACCGGCCGAUCUGGUCGAGUUCGCCGUGCAGUACUUCAGCAAACUGCAGGCGAGCCAGAAGCUGCCAUUCGGCAAUGAGAAGAGCGGCAGCGGCGCUUUCCGAGCCACCAAGGCGGUUAACUUCGCCGAUGAGCCCAUGCAAACCGACUCGGAGAACGGCGGGGAGGACGACGAAGACGAAGAGUUUGAAGCUCCGGUGAUAAACAGAUUUACUCGACGAGUGUCUGUAUGUGCAGAAGCUUUCAACCCUGAUGAGGAAGAGGAGGACACAGAGCCUCGGGUUGUCCAUCCCAAAACAGAUGAGCAAAGAAGAAGAUUGCAAGAUGCUUGUCAAGACAUUCUUCUCUUUAAGAAUUUAGACCAGGAACAAAUGUUUCAGCUGUUGGAUGCCAUGUUUGAAAUGCAUGUCAAAAUUGGUGAACAUGUCAUUGAUCAAGGGGAUGAUGGUGAUAACUUCUAUGUUAUUGAAAGGGGAAAAUAUGAUAUAUUUGUCAAUUUGGAUGGAUUGCAAAGGUGUGUCGGGGUCUAUGAUAAUCGUGGUAGCUUUGGUGAGCUGGCAUUGAUGUAUAAUACUCCCAGAGCAGCUACCAUUAUUGCUACCUCCAAUGGAGCACUAUGGGGUCUGGACAGAGCAACUUUUCGUAGAAUUAUUCUCAAAAACAAUGCGAGAAAGAGGAGAUUGUAUGAAGAAUUUGUCAAGUCACUGCCACUUCUAAAAUCACUAGAAUUAGGAGAACGAAUGAAGGUAGUUGAUGUAUUUGGAACCAAAACGUAUAAGGAUGAAGAACGAAUAAUUGCUCAGGGAGAGAAAGCUGAUUGUUUUUAUAUUGUAGAAUCUGGAGAGGUUCGGAUAACAAUGAAGCACAAGGCCAAACCCGAUGCAAAUGGUGGAGUGGAAAUAGCUCGCUGUUCAAGAGGGCAGUAUUUUGGAGAACUUGCUCUGGUUGCAAAUCAGCCCCGUGCAGCUUCUGCAUAUGCUGUAGGAAAUGUGAAAUGUUUAGUUAUGGAUGUGCAAGCUUUUGAGCGACUGCUUGGUCCUUGUAUGGAUAUUAUGAAGAGAAACAUUGCAAAUUAUGAGGAGCAACUAGUGGACCUUUUUGGAACAAAUAUGGAUCUCUCUGAUUCAGCUGUAUGAACAAGUAAUUCAAGGACACCAUCAUGAUACAUCACUGUGGAAAAAAGUGGAUUCCCCACUGAAAAGUGCAUUUGAAUUGUAUAGAAGGAAAGCAUUUUUGUAGCUAUUCUGUUUACUUAUUUUCUAACCAAAAACAGAAUUAACACAAUUGCAAUAUAGUGAUAACCUAGAAUCUAGCUUUUUCUGAAACAAACAGGUAAUUAAAUAAUAGAUAAAUAUUUGACUAAAAAUGUGAAGUGUGAGUCAAUAUCUGCAUUUGUUUAUUCAAUAAAAUAUUUGCUCAGCAAAGGAUCUAAGAAAGGAUAAGAAUUUUUGACUUCAAAGAUUGUUUAUUGUGCACACAGUGCAUUUUAACUUGAGUACAAGUUAGUUAAAAAACCUUAUUUGACAGCUUGUGACCUGAUUACAUUGAGAUAUCCCAGUAAAUAUACAGGAAAUGUAUAGCAGAUUUAAGAAAAUGUCAUUGUUUGAUACAGAAUUCUGCAUCAUUUUCAUCUUGUAAGUUUAAUUUUCAUGCAGAAAUAUUUGAAUAUUUUGUGAAUAAGAUUUAUUUAUAAAUUUUGUUUCAAUUCUGUCAUGGAUCAUUAUGGAAUGAAAAUUCAAAAAUGUAAACUAUUGGAACAUCUUUCACCAAAGAAAAGUGUGUAUGGUGAGGUAUAAUUUAAAAAAAAAAGUAUUUAUUUCUAAACUCAAUUUUAUAGAGAAGUCUGUUAACAAAUUUACAUUUUCCCUGUUUUGUGAAGUCUCCCGCUUUUGUAUGCAGGACUUGCUGGAACAAUAACUAAGUAGAGCCCUUGUGAUGUGCUUUGAAUCUGAUUAUGUGAUAGAAAGUGCAUUGAGUUAGGAUGUGCUAAUUGAAUAAUUAUCAUGCAAGUAUUUACUAUUACAACUGACCCAGUGGCCUGUUAACCCAUUUGAUCUGUGGCCUUGAGUUUUAAUGCCAGCCUUUGCCACUGCAUGGGGAAAGGAAGUUGUACGUUCUAAAAUCUUUCACCUUCAUGCUUUGCACAUUGCAAACCUUUCACUUUAAUCCAAAAUAGAAACCAAAUUCAGUCCAAUUAAUACAAGUUAUGUUUUAAAGUUUAUCUCUUUAGCAUCUACAUGGGCCUUUGCUUUUACCUUUAGGUAAUGUAAUUGCAAUAUAGCCAUUUAUCUAGAAUAUAUUUUGUCAUUUCACAAUGUGAUCACAAAGUCACACGUGUAAAAGUUGACACUGAAGACUAUUUACUGGGGCUAGUUAUUUGAUUGAGCUAUAAAUAAGUGUUGUACUGUAUUGGAUUAUAGUCUGAUUUUUAAAGCCUUUUGGCACUCUAGCUGUGUUGAGUACAACUAGGCAUUUUUAGAAGACAUUUAUGCAUCAAAUAAAAUAUGGGCUUAUUUAAGAAACAUUUGCAGAUUUUUAUUGAAUAAUAGUGGAUAGUAUCAAAGUUAAAUAAAAGGGUUUAUCUGUUA